AUGGGGCUGCUGAAGAAACCCAGUAUCCGUGCCUAUUGGAGCACCAACCUGCUGUAUAGCACCCCUAUGUACUGCAUGGCAAUGAGCAGGACACGGUUUAAGAUGAUACUGAGAUUUCUGCAUUAUACCGAUAAUGCCGCAUGUCCAACUAGAGACCACCCUAGCUACGAUUGGUUAUAUAAAAUUAGGCCUGUUAUAGACCAUCUAAAUACAGUGUUCCAGGUGGCAUAUAUCCCAGACAGGGAAAUAUCAAUUGAUGAGUCCCUGGUGCACUUCAAGGGCAGGCUACAAUUCUGCCAGUACCUGCCAAGCAAAAGGGCAAGGUAUGGUGUGAAGAUGUACAAGCUCUGCGAAAGGGCAUCAGGAUACACGUACAGGUUCCGUGUACACGAGGGGAAAGACUCAUCAAUUGAACCCCCAGAGUGCCCCCCUGUCCUGGGAAUUACUGGCAAGAUACUGCUAGAGGGCCACAGAGAAUACGCCAGGGCCACAUCUUCAUCUAGCUCCCAACGCAAUAAAUUUAAGAAAUCACGACGCAAACCUGAAUAUAACCAACGCUCCAAUGAAAGACGUUUUACCAGACAGAGAGGAGACACACCGGCACCUGGACCUUCCCUUAAGGCUAACUUUAAUCUUUUCUGUACAGUAAAAGACAUUCAACUAUUUGCACGACGCCUGAUCCUCAAAAAACUGCACACAAGACACUUUGAUCUGAAUACUGAAAACCUGUUGGGUUCCACGGUAGAACAGGAGGCUAUUUUAAACUUACAAUCAUUACUGGAUGAACAGGAUCCUAUGCCACAACUAGGAACAGGUGAGUACCCGCGCUACCUUUUACCUAAGAGUGUCACCUUCCCUCCUACGACUUUGGUUCCUGAGGUGGAUAUGUUUAUCAAAUUGGUAAUUAGGGACUUGAGACGCCUGGCAGAAACAAGAGCCAGUGACAAUCUAACAUACCCCCAGCGAAAGGCUGUUCAAGAACUGAGGGCUUUGAAAAACGUGGUUAUAAAACCAUCAGACAAGGGGGGUAAUGUUGUCCUAUGGCCAUCUCAUAUGUACGAGAAGGAAAUGUUUAGACAACUACGUGAUUCCAAUUGCUAUAAGCGACUCACUUUUAACCCCCUGAUGUCUUAUCAACAGGAAUUAGCUCAUAUUCUGGACAAUGCUGUGGAGGAAAACAUCUUGAAUUUGAAACAGAAACAAGGACUAAUUAUACAGUACCCGACCAUCCCUACAAUAUAUCUAUUGCCGAAGAUCCAUAAGAACGCACUGAUACCUCCUGGAAGACCUAUUGUGUCUGGGUGUAACUCCCUGACUGAACCAAUAUGUAAGUGGAUUGACUUUUUCUUGAAGCCUCUAGUCGAACUGUUACCUUCCUACAUUAAGGACUCAAAUGAUGUUCUACGUAGACUUGAUGGUGUCCAAUUAGAUGAUAACUCCUACCUUGUGACAUGUGAUGUAGAAUCACUAUACACGUCGAUAAGACACAAUGACGGUAUAGCAGCCACUAAAUUUUUUCUGGAAUCCAGCAAUUUGGAGGGAGACCUAUGUGCCUUAAUCCUGGAACUGUUGUCCUUCAUUCUAACGAGAAAUUUUUUCAUCUUUAAAGGGGUCUUCUACCUACAACUGCAGGGAACGGCUAUGGGGGCGGCUUGUGCGCCCUCAUAUGCCAAUUUGUUCCUUGGGUUGUGGGAGAGGACCCUUUUUACGUCGGAUACCUGCCCCUUGGCUGAAAAAGUACUGUCAUGGGGCAGAUACAUUGAUGAUAUCCUGUUUAUUUGGCAGGGUACACUAGACGAGUUGGAACAGUUUAUGGAUGCCCUCAAUAACAACAACUUAAACAUUCAUCUAACGCAUAAAGUGAAUAAAACUAAUAUUGAGUUUUUGGAUAUCCAGAUACAGGCGGACGCCAAUGGAUUUAUCCAGACGAAUCUACAUCGUAAAUCUACUUCAGCUAAUACCGUACUACACGCCAGCUCUGCUCACCCCACACAUUUGAUCAGAAAUAUUCCCAUAGGUCAAUUCCUACGUGCAAGACGCCUGUGCUCCACGGAACAGGACUUUGAAAUGCAGGCCCGUGAUCUAGAGAAAAGAUUCCGUGAAAGGGGCUAUAGCAAUCGGAGCAUUAAAAGGGCAUACUGGAGAGCGAAAAAAACGGAUCGUGCGUCAUCCCUACAUAGAACAAGGACCAACAAGACAACUGACAACCAGGUGAGGUGCAUUUUAGAUUAUAACUCUCGUAGCCAUGAGAUUAGGCAGAUACUUGAACAGCAUUGGCCCGUUCUACAAGUGGAUGAGACACUAAAUGGUAUGAUACCUUCGAGACCAGCGAUUGCAUAUAGACGGAAUAGAAACUUGAAGGACCUUCUGGUGAGGAGCCACUAUGAGACUGAGGAGCCAUAUUUAUUUGGCUCCAAGGGCCCCAAAAACGGCUGCUCCCCAUGUGGUAAAUGCCUUGCAUGUAGUAAUAUAUUACGGACUGAUAUGUUUCGCAAUUCAUCCUGUACCAAGUCAUAUGAAAUUAGGCAGAAAAUAAACUGUGUAACCAAAGGGGUGGUAUAUGUUGCACAAUGCCCAUGCGAAUUGCUAUACGUGGGCAUGACCACCAGGGAGCUCCGCCGACGGGUCAGAGAGCAUAUCCUGGAUAUUAAUGCGGCAGCCAAUGAAACAAACCUUCAGUCUUUGAAAACCCUACCAAGACACUUUAAACUUAAACAUAACAGUGAUGCCACUCUCCUCAAAUUCAUAGGUAUCGACCACGUCCCGGUGGGUAUCAGAGGUGGCCAAUGGAAGAAAUUGGUUGCACAAAGAGAAACGCGAUGGAUCUUCAGGCUGGACACACUUGUACCUCACGGCUUAAAUGAGAUGUGUUAUGAGACUUACCAACCAGGGCCAUCACGUGACUACUUCUAGCCUCCUUCUAUCGUUGGAGUGACCUUACCACCGGAAUCAUGUUGGGAC